GCCCCGUCGGUUACAUUAUAUCGGCUUUAUUUUCUGCUCCAUUGUCGCAAAUUUGCAGCUAUUAAUUAGUGAAAAAAUAGUUGUAAACAUUUAUAAGCAAUUUAAUAAUUAUAAUUUUGUGCAUAUUUGUUCACUUAAGAGCCCCUGCUUAAUCUGGAAAGUUGAAAAUCUGUUUGUAGCUGGGAUAAAAAAGAAAAUAAUCGAAAAAUAUGUUUUUAAUACAGCGCAAAGCAACAACGCCUUGAAUGAACAAGAGUUGUUGAGUAGAUAUAAAUGAAGGAGCCCCCACUGAAACCCAACCCUAAAGCAAAAACAAAACACACAGCACAAAGUAUUCUUGAAUUUUCUGUGGAUAUUGCUUUAAUAUAAGGAAUAUUCUUCAAUUUGGUGUUGGAGCAUUAGUAAAGAUAGGAUAUCGAGAAAAUAAUAGCUGGGAGACAGAUCUAAAAGAGGCCUCGGGUUGAAUUAAAACAAAUACAAACGCAAAAAUCAUCAAAAAUGGAUGCCGAUAAGAACAGUGGUGGUGGCGGUGGAGGCCAAGAGACAAAAGUGAUUUAUCACAUUGACGAUGAGACUACUCCGUAUUUAGUAAAGAUUCCAAUACCGUCCUCUCAGGUGACUCUGAGGGAUUUCAAGAUGGUGCUAAAUAAACAGAAUAACAACUACAAAUACUUUUUUAAAUCCAUGGAUGCCGACUUUGGUGUAGUGAAAGAAGAAAUCGCAGACGAUUCCACUAUACUGCCGUGUUUCAAUGGUCGUGUAGUGUCAUGGUUGGUGUCUGCAGAUGGUACAAAUCAAUCGGACAAUUGUUCCGACAUGCCCAACAGUGAAUGCGGUGAUUUGAGACAGACUACUCGGCCUGCCCAACCCCCACCACCACCGCAGAAAAUGAGUGUCGGAGCUCCAAUUGGUGUUGGUAAUAUGGGAACACCCGGGAUAAUUGCAAACCCUAUGAUGCAGCCUCCUCCACCGCUAACAUAUCAAUCAGCAUCGGUGUUGUCAAGUGAUUUAGACUCCACUAGUUUAUUUGGGACGGAGUCCGAAGUAACGUUUGACCGAGAUCUAACAGACUACAGUAGCGUACAGCGCCUGCAGGUGCGCAAGAAGCCUCAGCGUCGUAAAAAACGGGCACCUAGUAUAUCAAGAACUUCUAGUUACUCAUCAAUAACAGAUUCAACGAUGUCAUUGAAUAUUAUUACAGUUAAUAUCAACAUGGAAGCGGUAAAUUUCCUUGGCAUAUCAAUAGUGGGUCAGUCAAAUCGUGGCGGUGAUGGGGGCAUCUAUGUGGGCAGUAUUAUGAAGGGUGGCGCUGUUGCUUUAGACGGUCGUAUAGAACCGGGUGAUAUGAUUUUGCAAGUGAAUGAUGUGAAUUUCGAAAAUAUGACUAAUGACGAAGCGGUGAGAGUCCUGCGAGAAGUUGUUCAAAAGCCUGGUCCCAUUAAGCUAGUUGUGGCCAAAUGUUGGGAUCCGAAUCCCAAAGGAUACUUUACCAUUCCUCGCACAGAACCAGUUCGACCUAUUGAUCCAGGAGCGUGGGUCGCACACACACAAGCACUCACUUCACAGGAUAGUAUUAUUCAUCCAGACAUACCCGAGCCCAUUAAGGAACGACUUGAUCAAAGCAAUUUGGAGGAAAUUGUCAAAGCAAUGAUUAAACCAGACAGUGGCUUGGAAAUUCGUGACCGUAUGUGGCUUAAAAUCACUAUACCAAAUGCAUUCAUCGGGGCCGAUGCCGUUAACUGGGUGCUGGAGAAUGUUGAAGAUGUCCAGGAUAGGCGAGAAGCGCGUCGUAUCGUUUCAGCUAUGCUGAGAAAUAAUUAUAUUAAACAUACGGUUAACAAGCUGACAUUUUCUGAACAAUGCUACUAUGUUGUCAACGACGAUCGGAAUCCACUGCAGUGCCGGUCGAAUUUAAGCCAUGCCGACACAGAAAGUAUCACCAGUGAUAUAGGCCCCCUGCCAAAUCCUCCAAUUUACAUGCCAUACUCAGCCACAUACAACCCCAGCCAUGGCUACCAGCCCAUUCAGUAUGGGCUCACUGAGCGUCAUGGCCUUUCAUCAGGAUCCAGCAGUUCGGAUGUUCUCACAAGCAAAGACAUUUCUGCAUCUCAAAGCGACAUAACAUCAGUAAUACACCAAACAAACCAAAUGACCAUCGGACACCACGGUUCGAACAAAUCAUCCGGCUCAUCCAAUCGGGGCGGUGGCAAUCUAAACAACGAACAGGAUUCUUCGGUCUUUAAUUAUGUAUUGUAGGACGAGGAGGACUUCCUCUCAGCCAGACGGCGCAAGAGAGGGCGGAACAUAAGGCAGGAACUGCAAUGAAAUUAUGUUUAUUAUUCGUGUAUAACCUUUAAUAAUUGUCUUUUAUAUUUUGCCUUUAAAUUUUUCGAAACGUGUCAACAAAGAAUAAUGAAAGCUGAAAGGAUUAAAACCAGUAUACCGAUACAAAAUCUUUAUAAUUCUAGUAAUUAUUAUUAUUUAUAGAAUAGUAAGUACAUUCUUGAUAUAUUCAAAUACACAUCGUAUGAAAAACAAAAGAAACAAAUAGUUUAUUAUUAAUGAACAUUAUAAAUUACACGAUUAGAUUUCAACUUAAAAUAUGUCUAACACAAAAUUUCCUGAGCGAACACUCAUAUUUGUACGUUGUUCAAAUCAAAUCACUCUCAGAACAACGAAAAAAUAUGUCCCAUCCCUAACAAAUGAGAGCAUUUAUCGAAAAAAUAAAUUAUGACAUUUAAAAAUUAAAAAUAGAAAAAUUUAAUGAAAUUUUAAAAAUUUUUGGGAAGACUGAAAAUUAUGAAUGAAAUCUACAAUGUUGAAUGGCGUAUGUACAUUCAAACGAAAGUACAUUUUGUUUUCUCUCUGAUUCGAGGUACGCAUUUUAUCCACGAGUUGAAAUUUCCACAGAAAACUGCAAACAAAAGAGGCAAUAUUUUUAAAAUGUUUGUAUCGGCAGAAAAAAUGUUUGACAAGUGUCUCUCCAGCAAAAUUUAAAAAUAGAAAAAUACAAAAAUAUAUUCAAAAUGUCAACAUUUGCACAAAAAGUUGAAAACGUGAAUGAAAAUUAUAAAAUUAAUGAUAUAAUAAAUCUUUAGGAGAAAGACAAUCAUUUCUUCUAUUUAUAUUAGUGAGAAUUUCAUGUAUUUUCGUAUAAAUUCCCAUUAAAAUCAACAAACAAAAUUUUUGAAAAAGGGAAUUAUUUUACUAUGAAUUACGAAUCGUGCCGUAUGAACGGGUUAAUUCGUGUACAUAAUUCUGAGAGCGAACAACGUUGUUCGGUUUCCAAUGGAAACAUGCUAUAACGCCCACAAUUAUUGUAAUAUGUAUUUCAUAAAACAAAAGUUACGAUUUCAAAAUAGAAACCACUUUCCAAAAAUGAGACCCAACAUACCGUGUCAUAAAAACUGACCGACCAAGGACAGCCAGAUGAUACAGAAGAACACUUAAAUAUGACGCCAGGAUCAACCACUUACAUUUUGUAGAACAAACAUUCUUGCAAAAAAAGAAAAAAAAAACAGUAUAAUGGAAAUUAUCAUUUAAAAAAUGUAAUUGCAUAUAACCAAGAAUUUUUAUCUCUGAUUAUAAUUACAUACAUAAUUAUUAAAUAUAAUAAUUAAAAAAUAAAUAAGCAAAUAUAACUUUAUAUUAAUAAAAAUAUAAAAAAUGAAUUUAGUAACCAUGAUUUAUAAUAAAACAAAACAUAUAUAUAUAAACAUA